UCACUGGGUCUAGGCUGGUUCGUUCAUACAGAUUUCUGAGAUUCAGUACAAAAGCCGAAAAUUUUAGUCCAAAAAACCCCGGAAUUCUGGGUUGAAACAUAUCAGAUUUUUGUCCCAAAACAAAAGGUAAGUUCAUUUUUGUUACUUUUAUCGAAAUUUUUGUGUAAUCUUGUUAUUUAUAGCAAUACACGAAUAUCGUUUCUUGUGGAAGGUAUGUUGACCAAUGAUCAUUCAGGCUGUUCAUUUUGUGCUUGCAUUCAUUUAUUAAGGUUAGCACUAUUUUCCAUCCAGCAAACCGCCCUAUCGAUUUUCUAAGGUCGUUUCUUUUUAGAAUUUUUUAUUCAUUCGGUUAGAGUUAGAGUUAGGGUUGCAGUUUAGGGAUCGGGGUUAGCCUGCUACGCAGGCGGUAGAAGCUAGAAAUACCGCCUGCCCAAAAACUACACAUUCUGAGUUCCGCCCACCGAACGCAUGGUCCCGUCCAUCUUACAGGUAAUGUAUUUAUUUGUCAAACUCCCGUAUUGCACCAUUGCAAAUAUACGGCUUUGAUGUUUCAUAUCUUCGGUUCAUUCAGUGCUACGAAGACAAAAAUACCAUGUUCAAUUCAGUGUAACAAUAUGUCCUCAUUCAUAGCAAAAAUUUUAGUCGAUGUCAGCAUUAUAGCGAUUUAUGAGCUUUGAAAGUCAAGCGAGUUCGUAUAUUAUCAAAUUACACAAAUAAAAAUAUCUGAACAAAAAUAUAGACUAGCCAUACCUUUCGCCGAACAUAACUUCAGCCGCUUCAGACGUAACUUCUUUGUACAGUAAUAGUCUUAUUCCAAUCGCUAUCAAAAACACUACUUAGAGUGUCAUUUACGAGCCUGUAUCUUCAAAUCUGCACUUUUCUCACGGUAACACAUCUAUCAAGCAACAAAUGUUGGAUUGAUAUUCGUUGUUCAUUCUUCAAGACGAUGGGAUUACCGAUUCCGGAUAAAGAUUAAAGAAUUCAACGCUUAAUUCUCAAUUAAUACAUUCGUUUUUUUUCAUUAGUGUAUGCCAUCACUCGAUAUAGGUAUCAAUUACGAAAAUGACAAUAGUUUAUAUAAAUACGGCAACAGUAACAAGUUUCUAAAAUUAGCACUAUUUUUUUUAAUUCUUUAAUUCUCCUGUCAAUCAAAAAUUCAAAAUUAACAUUCUGACCAAUCAGAAUGCUUCGUCACCCAGCUACCGGAGAACUCAGAAUGUGUAGUUUUUGGGCAGGCGGUAUUUCUAGCUUACCAUUCUCUCGUGCCCGCGCAUACCGCCUGCUACGCAGCAGGCCUCGAAUUUCCCUGAAAUCAAUCGACGGCAAUGGCGUUAAAAAUUGCCGUAGAACGUAACAGCUGUCUACGGCAUUUUUGGCAGUUUCCACGGCAUUUUUCAAAUUACUGUAAUAAAACUUUAAUUUUAUUGUUACUUUGGAUUUUUGACAAGCUAGAAACAUGUCUACAUAUUUCUUUUGUGGUUGUUUUUUUCGAAGAAAACUGAGACUAAAAUAGUGAUUUACGCCUGAUUAACAUCUGAAUUCAAGUAUCAAAGUAGUAAUGCACAGUGAAUAGUAUAAAAAUUGCACUAUACGGCAAAAGAUUGCCGUCGUUGCCGUAAUGAUCAACGGCAUUUUGUUCUCCCUCUACGGCAAUUGCCGCGAUAAAAUUCGAGCCCUGCUACGCAGGCUAGAUCGGGGUUGGGGUAGUAGGCCGUGGGCCGUUGUGCGAAAAAGUGCUUGGAAAAGCAAUUUCGUGGCAACCCCCUGGGGAAUAGAUUUUCUGUGGUUCAAUGCACAGUACCAUAGAUGCCCAAUUACCACAAAAAGUUCCCAAGCAAAAAACUUGCCAAACACCGAGAAAAUGGGUGAUCAGUGAUUAUCCUCUAUUACAUUGUAUUACAGCGAAAAAAUGUGAAAUUUUGUAUUCAAUUACAUCAAAAAUGACUAGCAUCAUCGGAAAGCUAACAAAAAACUGGAUAUAAUACAUUUAAACAGUUUUUUUAUUGUGUUCGAGUUAUGCGCUGUCAAAAACGCGUUUUCGACCUAGUACCCAGUCCUUAUUGCGACAUUUUGGUCCAAUUUUCACAUUUAAAACAGCAAUAACUCAAAGACUCUUUGAAGGAUCAAAAAACUGUUUGAAUGUAAAUACAAAAUUUCACAUUUUCCUGCUAUAAUACAAUUUAAUAGGGGAUAAUCACUGAUCACCCAUUUUCUCGGUGUUUGGCAAGUUUUAUGCUUGGCAACUUUUUGUGGUAGUCGAGUAUUCAUGGUACUACGCAUUGAAUCACAGAAAAUCUAUUCCCCAAGGGGUUGCCACAAAGUGAAAUAAUUUUGGCCAACGGCCCAUGGCCUAUAGGGUUUGGGUUAGGGAAAGUACAUUUAUUACACCGAGGGAGGGGGACGAAGAUGUCUUGAAAAAAGCUCAUAUUUUUACAGGGCCCCUGUUGAGGUUAUCGGUAAAUUUCGAUGCCCCCCUCCAAGUUUUUAAAAUUUUCAAUGCCCCCCCCCCCUCUAGAAUUUGGAAUCGAAGGAGUAUAAUCCAGAAUUCUCUCUUAUCAUAGAUACAAUUUGCAGUUCCUCAAGAUGUCUGAUAUACUCAAGCAUGUGCUUCUCCUCAACAAAACUACCGAUCUGCUGCUUCUUUCACCUCACUAGCGCCAGAUGAAAUGGCACCGUCUUUAAAACAUUUUAAAUUGGCUCUAGGGCUGAAAUUAUUAACAGGUUGUUGUUGUCCAUCAUUCAGCAUAUUCGGAGUUUUGAACAUGUUCAUGUAGUGGCCAGGAUUUCCUGGAUCAGGGUAAUGUGCUGGAACCUUACAGUAUGUCGCCCCACCCAACGUAUCUCCCGGCAUCUGUUGCAAAUGUCUUUGCAUGCCUGUCAAAAAUGCAUGCAAAAGUGCCAGUAUGCUUCAAUUUCUUUAAUUUCCAUCCCGUUUGUACGAAAUAUCCCAUAAACAUAGAACAUAUCAUUCUUGCAAAUCGUAUAUGCUUUUUUGUUUUUGGAACUACUACUUUUUGGCGGGUAAAUUACUUCACAAACCUGGCACCAAAAAAUUUAAAAUAAGCUAUAGGUGAUUUCAUGUAUCCAUUUAGAAGAGCAGACUAAGGAUAUCUUAAAACUGAAAUCGGUUUCGAAUACAACCAUCAGGGACGUAGCAAAGCAUCUGACAUUUGGGGUGGGGGGGAUGUCAGAGGAUUAUACGUGUAAUAAUUAUAAUAAAGCUUUUUGUGAUUGAUUGGCACUCUCAUACUAAGUUUUGGGAGAAAAGGGGGGUCUGGGGGUCCUCCCCCAGAAAAUUUUUACAUUUUUGAAGCUCUAGGACUGAAUUUCUGGCGUUUUCUAAAGCAAAUUUCGCAAACAAAUUGCAUGUAAAUUGACUGUAUUUUACAAAAAUGGUUAUCAUUUCACAAAAAUAAUUACUUUAUUACGCAAAUUUUACCUGAAAAUGUAAAAAUUUUAACUUUAAUUUGCUGGGGUCAAACCUUUGAAAAGUUUAGAGCCCCCUUCAGUAUAUCAAGAACUUUCAGAGCCCCCCCUUUAAUGCCAGAAAAUAUUUCGGAGCCCCCCCUUAACAUCUUCAUCCCCCCCCCUCGGCAUAAUAAAUGUACUUUCCCUUAGUUACAUAGCCAUUUGACAUCUCUUCCAUCUUCCGAAAAUGAUGUCAGGUCUGUUUGCUGGAUGGAAAAUAGUGCUAACCAUUUAUUAAAGAUCAGGCGCCUACACACAUAAAAACGCACAAGUUGUACCGUAACAAACCUGCAGCAGACUUUAUAGCAAUGCUGUUCCAACAACUUGUCAACAGGAUUUGUUCGCACUGCUUGUUCCCAGUUUGUUGACAACUUGCUACAAGGUUGUUACGCUCAACAGACUUGUUGCAAGUUGUUCCAGCAACUUGUUAUCGUCCUGCAAUUCAACAAUUUGUGAGUGACGACCUUACAGCAACUUAGCAUUAAUAUAUCUACAGGUAUUUGCACAAUAGAAAUCAUAACAAGGUUUCAUCCGCUGUAAUGAAUGGCUUGUUGCCCGACGGAAAAGGAAUAUGGCUACGAACAUAGCAGGUUUGAGAAGGUUUUCACUUGUUUCCAUCUACCAAACUGACAUUACAUAAUUUGAUCAAUUUCUAAAGUUGUUUCUUUCUGGAUUUUUUUAUCAAUUUGGUUAGGGUUAGGGUUGCGGUUAGGGGUUAGAGUAGGGGUAGGAUUUGGGUUAGUUACAUAGCCAUUUAACACCUCUUCCAUCUUCUGAAAAUGACGUCACGUCAAUUUCACAGAUGGAAACUAGUGCUAACUGUUUGAGAAAGAUGCUGACGAAAAUUUUCAUUGUUCAAUUUGCUAUAAUGUUCUUAAAGGUGAUGUAAAGUCCGUAAUGUAAACAAAUGCUUUGUUUACAUUUUGAACUCAGUGCUACAGUUGUAAAAUUACUAAAAUAUGAUUAGAUAUAUAUUAUACUGAAUUUUAACACUCUUCUGGUUUGCUAUGCUUGUAAAUUUAUAAUACAGACUAGAGAUUUAAUUCAAGAAAGUUCGGAAGGUGCGAAAUAUUAACAAUAUUCCAAUGGUCGGGUCCCGACCAUUGGAAUGUAGGCCUGCGCAGAACGUAUGCUCAGAACGGACUUUACAUCACCUUUAAAGAACCAAGGAUGUGUAGAAAUAAUGAACACGUCUUUUGUCUUGCCUGCAUCAGUGAACAUCUGAAAGUAAAUUCUCAAAUUUGCCCCGAAUGCAAUGAACAUUUGAGUGUUGAUACGCUUCGCCGACCCUGUCUGUUGAAUAAUUAUUUGUGUAAACUAAAGAUUAAUUGUGAUCACGAGACUGAAGUUUGUGAAUAUAGGGAGGUGAAAUGUCAUGACUGUGGACAGAUACAGAAAGUUGUAGGAAGAUUGGAAGGAUAUUUGUUGGAACUGGAUGGGAAAGUGCAAGACAGCAAUCAUAAAGUAAUGGAUGAAAUAGAAGAUGUGAAAGAAAAUCUUUCCAAAGUGAACAAAGACGUGGACGAAGUCAAAGUCAUGAUGAGUCAAAUGUUAGAGAAGUUUAAUAUGCUUGAACUGCUCAGCAAACUGCCAUCUCUAACCGAGGGAAUGUUCAAUACACCUAGGGAAGAUAUUUUGAUUGCUGGUGACUUGGGUACGGGACGUAGUGCAGAAAUAUUUUCCUGGGAGAAAAAUGGUUGGUAUGAGAUUUGCCAAAUGAAUAAACGUCAUGUUGGAGCUUCAUCAUUUAUUUAUAAUGAACAACUAUUUGUUGUUGGGGGAUGUACUAAGACAAUAGAAACCUUAGAUUUCAAUGAAUUACCUUUGAAAUGGAUGGAAUGGUCUGACGAACUUCCUUAUGAGAGUUAUUAUCAUCAAACUGUUGUUUGCCAACAGAGUGUCAUUCACAUUGGUGGAUAUAAUGUUGAAGAGGGUAAAAAUUCUAACGUGAUUAGUGAAUUGCAACUUACCUCACCUUGCACACUGAAAGUGUUGUGCCAAAUGCCCCAGCCACGAGAUUCUCAUGGUGCUGAGGCUUUUGAAGAUAAAAUCUUGAUCUUGGGAGGAGAUGUACAUGAUGAUGUUUUAGACAGUGCGUUGGAGUUUGAUCCAGAGAAGAAUGAAUGUAAGGAGCUGCCAUCAUUACCACGUCCCAUGCAGGGAAUGGCCACAGUUCUCUGGAGAGAUCAAGUAAUUGUACUUGGAGGUCGUGAUAAGGAUGAUCACGCUCUGAAUGAUGUUUUCAUGUAUGACUGCAAGACGGGCAAGAUCACAGCCUUACCAUACAUGUUGAAGAAGAGAAAUCAAUGUUGUGCAGUUAUUACUGGAAAUACUAUUGUAGUCAUGGGAGGUGACGAUGAUGAUGAUGAUCACAGUUCAGUGGAGUGUUUUACAAUGGGAAGUUCUAUGUGGAAAUAUCUUCCCAGCAUGAAUGAAGAAAGACCCAGAACAGUUGCUGAAGUUCUACCCUCAACUAGGAAAUAUGUGUAAGUUUGAUAUUUAACAUUUGUCUGCAAAUUUAUAUUAGAUUGUUUUGUUCAGAGGUAAAAUUCCACACAUUUUUCUACGUAAGCUUGGAUUUCUGACUGAGGUAAAGUAAUAAGAAUAACAAAGUUUCUCCAAGCAACAUGCAAAAGCUGAUUCCAACAUCGUGUUAUGAUCAAAAUGUUUUUGCAUAUUUUCUUGUCCCAUUUAGCUAAGUUAUGCCCAAACAAUUUCUUUAAACCGGCUUUGUUGCUGUUGAAGCCAUUGUGUUGUUCGUAUUGCUAUGUACCUUGGCUCAAACAAGAGAAAUUAAUUUCAAGUCAAAAACUGCUAGUGAUAUACAAUUGUUAGAAGUAAAAAUAUUAAUUGACAAGUCCUUAUCUUGAGCCAUAAGUGCACAUUUUACUUUUUGACACUGAAUUACUUUAGCACCAGUGUAUUUCAAGAAACGUAGACUGCACUUAAUCAAUCGAUAGCUUAACAUAUGUAUGUCUUUCAUGGAAAAUAAAGUACAAUUUUUAAU